AUAGAUAUCGGUUCCUAAAAGAGCAAAUAUUGUAGGUAAUCAGUUAAGUGAGGAUGAGGAUAGUUGUAGCCAUAAUUAUUAGUAGUAUCUUGGUGGCAGUAAUACAUAAGAUGAGUAUGAUGAAGAAGAAGAAGAAGAAAGGGCCUAGAGGAGUCCCGGUGUUAGGAAACUUGCUCCAAUUCGACAAAUCUCAACCGUUGGUUUACCUCCAAGAGCUACAUGACAAGUACGGUGGGGUGGCGUACCUGAGGCACGGGUCGACCCCGGUGAUGGUGGUUUCGUCGGCAAGAUUGGCAAAACAGGUUCUGAAAAGCCACGACAACCGGCCGGCCGUCCUGGGGCAGCAGAAGCUGUCAUACGAUGGAGCGGACAUAGCCUUCUCCCCGUACGACGCUCACUGGAAGGAGAUGCGGCGGCUGUGCGCCGUCCAUCUCUUCUCCCCGAAGCAGCUGGUGUCGUUCCGGCCCAUCCGCGAGGCCCAGGUGGGGCGCAUGAUGUCCAAACUGCGCUCACAUGCUGUUAACCAGCAAGCAGCCAAUCUGAGCGACAUGGCCAUGUCCUUGGCCAGCAACAUCAUCUGCGGUGUGGCGUUCGGAAAAACAUACGAGGACGAGGAAUACGAGAAGAAGAAGCUAGAUAAGCUGGUGCUUGAAGCGCAGGCUUUGAUGGUGUCGUUUUACUUCUCGGAUCAGCUCAAAGUGUUUAGGUGGUUGGAUAGGUUGUCUGGUUUGUUAAACCGAGUGGAUAAGAAUUUCAAAGACCUUGAUUCCUUUUACCAGAACCUCAUCGACGACCACCUCACCCCUUGUAACCAUAAAAAUACUCCUACUAAUUCUGACAUUAUCGAUCUCAUGAUCCAGCUGAAGCGGGAGAAGCCAGACGAGAUCACGUGGGAGCACGUGAAGGGGCUGCUCAUGAACCUGUUUGUGGCGGGGACGGACACGGUGGCGGCUGCGGUAGUGUGGACUAUGACGGGGUUGAUGCUCAGGCCAGACGUCAUGAGGAAGACACAAGAGCAUGUCCGGGAAGCGGUAGGGUUGAAAAAAGAAGGAGCGAUGAUCGAGGAAGAGGAGUUGACGAAGCUGACGUAUCUCAAGGCAGUGGUGAUGGAGGGCCUGAGGCUGUACCCACCAGCGCCGCUGCUGUACAGGGCGGAGCAGCAAGGGGUGGAGGAGAUAGAGGGGUGGGAAGUGGAGAAGGGGACAAAAAUAAUUAUAAAUGGGUGGGCUGUUGGGAGAGAUCCAGAGGUUUGGAAGCAUCCGGAGGAAUUCGUGCCAGAGAGAUUCUUGAAUGGGAGUGGGAGUGAUCGGGAGUGGGAGUUCAAGAUGUUGCCGUUUGGGGGUGGGAGGAGGGGCUGCCCUGGGAUGGGGAUGGGGAUGCUCUCCAUACACCUCGCUUUGGCCAAUCUUUUAUACUCCUUUGAUUGGGUGCUGCCCUCCUCUGCUCCUCCCAUUGACACUCAUGCCUUGCCGGGACUCACCAUGCAUAAGAAAAAUCCACUUCUUUUGAUCCCUAUACCUUAUCCUUCUUCCACUUAGACACUUCUCCUAUCCUAUGUAAUAACUUGCAUCUACUAUCAUACUAUGUAAUUAAUCUCUCUUCUAUUUAUGUUGCAUUAUUUAUUUCUUCUCCUGUUUGUCUGUAAUUAAGUUACACUUUAUUAUGCAA